GUGGGGCGCGGCGAGGCAGGGCCGUUAUGGCGAGCAACGCCGCCAGCCUGAACGCGGUGCGGGAGACGAUGGACGUUCUAUUUGAGAUUUCAAGAUUAUUAAACACUGGUUUGGAUAUGGAGACCUUGUCUAUUUGUGUGCGGCUUUGUGAACAGGGGAUAAAUCCAGAAGCAUUAUCAUCUGUUAUUAAAGAACUGCGUAAGGCCACAGAAGCUCUAAAGGCUGCUGAAAAUAUGACAGGCUGACAUGGGAGAAGAUUUCUUCAUAAGAUGGAUGCCAAACUAGAAUUAACAGAAGAUUUGAAGAUUGGCUGCUAUUCAGAAACACAAAAGGAAGUUAGUAUGUGUGAAGGUUUCAGAAUGUUUCUGUAAUAUUCUUGAAAAGGAUGAUAUACAGAAUAGCUUUAUUGUAAAGUUUUAAUAAGAUAAGCCCACCAAUAAUCUUAUUAUUCUUUAUUACUUGGUAUUUUUAUGAACCAUGUAAAAAUAUAGUUCUAUUGUUUUUCUUCUACAUACAGGAUUUUUUUAAACCAUGAAAAACAAUACGUACUUGCUGAAUUACCAGUGUGUAGCCACAGACAUAAUGAAUAUAGCUUGUUACACGUCCUUUAGAAGUGCUGAUAUAUCCUAUUUUUAUCUUCUGCGUUGAUGUGAAAAUGCAUGUACAGUUUUAGCUUCUCUUUAUGGACAAGAUACAAAUGAAGGCCUUCCUGACUUGAUUUUAAUUAGAAUAUGGGAAAUUAAUGCAAUGACUUAAGUCUUCAUUUGAAAGUAAGAAAUAAAGCACUUUUGAUAAUGAGAAUAAUGAAUUGUCUUUCUAAUUUACACUGUUGAGAAGUUUUAAAAACUUUAAAAAAUAUUAAAAUAUAGCUCAAAAUAUUAAGGUUAUAUUCUAGUCAAAGCAUGUAUGAGAGGUGUCAUAUCUGGUUGAUGACAGCUAAGUGUUUGCACAAUCAUUUGAUAUAGAAAUAUCCACUCAUUUAGCAGUAAGAAUCUUCAUUGAUACUAAAUAAGUGUUUAUAGUCAAUACAGUGAACUGUUUGUCAUGUUACCAUCCACUGCAAUAUCCUUGCAUCCAAAAAAUCUAUUUUUUAAUAAAAACUACUUCUUUCUCGUGUUUUCUCA